GGUGCGACUUUCAGGAAUUCAUAUUAACCGUCCAGAUUUUCUAACUUCCCUCUGACAUGUUGCGAUGUUCCGUGCAGCCUUUCAAAACGUGGACUUGUUUGGGGUAAUUUUGCUGUGUUUUGUUCUUCUACCGGAGGCUGGCGGUAGAUCAGCCGAUGCAGACAGCUGUCAUGAGGUGAAGACAGCCUACAUGAUGCGCCAAAUAGGCCCGGUGGAGCUGGUGCCAGACAGACCGGGACCAGAUGAGUCUCUCCGAGUGUGUGUCCACCCUGGGCCCAGCUGCUGUACCAGUAAGAUGGAGGACAGCUACAUGGCAGCUGUUCGCAGUGAAACACAGCAGAAGAUGCGAUCUUACAGUUUCGAACUCAAGUACCUGAUUGCUGGACACAUCAAGGCGUACCAAGAACACUUUGAGAUGCUACUUUCUUUCACAUCCAAUCUGACCAGCACUCUGUUUGACAGUGCCUACUCCGCGCUGGCGUUGGACUGUCGCCCUCUUGUGUUUCAGCUGUUCACUGACAUCAAACGCCACCUUUCUGGAGACUCUAAUUCCUCUUUGGACAGUGCUGUGCGUCGAUUCUACAAUGACCUCUUCCCACUGGUCUAUCGCCGCCUGCUCAACCCUGGUAUAGGCCAAAUGUCAGUCCAUACCUAUAACUCCCUUUCAACCAGUCACGAUGACUGCUUGCGCAUGACACGGCGGGACGUCAGCCCAUUUGGACCUCAUCCCCGCCUACUCGUCAGCAGCCUGUCACGGGCACUCGGGCCGGGCCGAGCGCUGAGCCGACUGUUGAGACUGGCUGGAGAGGUUGUGAACGCGACCGAGAAGGCGACAUUAUCCAGAGACUGUUUGCGAGGGUUAGUGAGGAUGCAGUAUUGUUCCCACUGCAGAGGACUCACACUGAUACGGCCCUGUACUGGACUGUGUAUCAACAUCAUGAGAGGAUGUCUGGUGGGUGUAUCUGAGCUGGGUGGCCCCUGGGGGAGUCUGGUGGUAUUGCUCCAACGCCUAGCUGCUACUUUAGCAACCAGCAGCAACCACAACAGCAUGGAGUUAGCUCUCUUAGCCGUGAGACACCAUGUAAAUGAUGCCAUACUGCAUGCACAGCUGCAUGGGCCACGCAUCACAGCCACAGUAGAGAAAGUGUGCGGCAGCCAGGCAGCUGGUCCUGUGAUGAUGGGCCCACAGUCAACUACCGUGCACACUACAACAUCAGCAACCUUGGAGAGGUCGCCUGCGACUUUGCCUCCUUCAGUUGGUCCACCAGUUCAUCGGCGAUUGCGGCUGCAAUCCCGGAGGUCAUUCCCUCUUAAAGGUACCAGAGGGGAGAAGAGUGGAAACCUGAAAAAAAUAUCAAGAGAGUUUGAGGGCUCUAUCCAGCGGUACCAGUGGUUUUUCACCGAGUUGCCAGAGAUGCUUUGUGAAAGUGAGAUGGAAGUGGAGCAGCACACAUGCUGGAGCGGCCAAGAUGUCGUAGAGAGUUAUGCAGGUCGUGUGGUUGGCAACACUUUAAAAGCCCAGAGGGAGAAUCCCGAGCUGACUGUGCGCAAUACGGAUCCUGUCCUGAAGGGCGCAAAACAGAGGCUGGAACAGCUAACACAGGAGCUAUUAGUGGAGCUGGGCUGGGCCAGCAAAGUGAGAGGAAGGGUUGAGGAAGAGGAGGGAGGGAGCGCCCACACGGAGGGAGGCAGCGGAGACGACUGUGAUGAUGAAGAUGGCUGUGAAGCAUCUGGUGAAGAGAGCGGGGACGAGCCAGGUGAUGCACCCAGCGGUCGUAAUCCAGUAGGAAAGGACAGGACCCCACCUCGUCGUCGCCCAGUCCUUCCUCAUCUCCUCUCACCUACGCAGGUGCCUGUUAAAGGCUCUGCCCACACGAUGACUUUUGAGCCUUUGACCCUGCUCUGUCUGCUGCUCUUUCUGCUGUCACCAUGGGAACCACGCUGAUGAGGAGGAGAAAGAUUUGGGGCUGUACAGUGACAGGAAGUGUUGAAAGACUGUAUUUUUGUGUGUGUGCGAGUGGCGCUGAGCACUUUCUGUAAGCACAGCUCAACCGAAAUGAUUGUUAUGUUGUUCUGGGUCACCUAGCUGUUGGUUUAACACAGCUACAGGUGCGCAGUAUGCAUUUUUUGUAUUACCUGUACUUACCUCUACAUGUGUUCAUUUUGUAUUUAACUUUUAUAGAAUAGACCACACAGCACUACUGACUUUUUUUUGAAGAGAUAUGUAAAUACAAAUAUAUAUAUUAUAUAUAUUUAUAUAAAGAAUUUCUAAAGAUAACAGAGGAUUGAGUGUAAAUUGAGGUUAUUCUAGAUCAGAGCAGGACAUUAAGGGAUGUUUGGUUUAGUAUUAUCUUUAAAAGAUGUACAGUAUCUUCCACAGACACUAAGACCCAUAACAAGUAUAGUUCAUGCUGAGGACCUCCCUCGUUAGCGAAGCAGUGUGGUUGGAGGGAACAAAAACUUGUGAAGGCUCAUUAAUGAAGAAGAAACAGGCUGUAAAAAGACAUUUAGGGACUUUCUUAAAAAGGCAACACAACCAGCUAUGUGUUACUUCAGACUAUUAACAGAUGGCCUUGCAGUUUAGUGAAGAUGUUCACAGUUUGCUCAGUAAGUGUGCAAACUGAAGCCAGCUUAUAGCCCUCAAACAUACGUUUUUAUUCAUGCAAGCUGGGUGUUUAUUUCUGCAGCAAAGCAAAGAUAGUUUUAACUGAAUAAGACUUGCUCUUUUUUAUUUCUCCAUAAAUUUGGGGGGGAAAUAUGCCCUCUGGUAAUUUUCACUUGUCGACAUAGGACACCUGUGUUUUCUUGGUGGAUGUGGAGAAAUUUGUUAUGUUUCCUCUUCAGAUGCACAGUCUCCAAAACUGUAAAAGCACCGUACUGAUGAAUAUAACAGAUGUAAGUAAAACUUAAAAUUCAAUUAUUCAACAGAAGGCUCUGUCAAAACAUAAGAGUAUAAAAAAGCACCCAGGAAAACAGACAACCAUCUGCCUGAACAAUGAAUAAUUUGAUGUCUCAUUUUCAUAUGCAAACACUGAACUGUCAUGCGCUUUCAAAGGCUGGCUUCUCUUCCAAUGUCUAUUAAUUAAAUUUGCUUUCUCCUUCAGUGAGGUAACGUUUAAGACAUUUAACAGUACUGUAGGCUUGUCUUUACUGUUAAAGCUUUUUCUAAAUCUGAUUUUUGUGAUAUCAGAUUGUCUCCAGUGAGGGGAAGUGAUGGAAUACAGAGAUAAUGAUCAGGGCACAGCUGAGCCGAGAUCCAAACGUUAUUUAAUUAAUAAUUCAUAUUACAAUUAUGACUGAAGAUUGUGAAACCAGUCCACAUGCAUUUUGUGGACUGUCCCUCAUAGUGUUAUGUGGUUGGUGCUUUGGAAUGGGGUGUCUGGCCUGUUGCUAUGAGCCAUUCGAUCCUUAUGCAACCAAUGCAAGAACUUGGUCCCCAUAGCCAGCAAUGAGUCAAACUUGUUACCGAUGGGUGUCGAACUCCACCAGGGCUGCCCUUUGUCAUCGAUUCAGUUCAUAAUUUUUAUACAGACAGAAUUUGUAGACGUAGCCAAGUGGGCCGUCUCAGAAUCUCACCUCCGCUUUUUGCAGAUGAUGUGGUUCUGUUUGCUUCAUCAGCUGGUGGCCUCCUGCUUAAAAUGAGAAUAGUCCUCGGCUGUAAAAGGUUGAAGUGCCCACCCCAAGGCAGGGAUGAGUUACUGCCCCAACUGGAGGAGUCCUGUUCACGAGCGAGAGGAGAGGGGAGCAAGAGAUGGACAGACAAGCUGGUGCUGCGGCUUCAGUGAUGCAGACGUUGUAUCUGUCCAUCGUGGUGAAUAGAGAGCUGAGCGUCCCUACCCUCACCUAUGGUCAUGAACUUUGGGUAGUGACCAAAAGAAUGGGAUUGCGGAUAUAAGCAGUGGAAAUUAGCUUUCUCCUAAGGCUGGCUGACCUCUCCCUUAGAAAUAGGGUGAGGAGUUUGACCAGAAGGGGCUCAGAGUAGAGCCCCUCCUGGUCAAAUGAUGAUCCACAUUGAAAGGAGCCAGUUAAGGUUGUUUGGGCAUCGGACAAGAAUACCUCCUGGGUGAGGUGUUACGGGCAUGUCCCACUGCAAGGAGGCCCCAUGGCAGACCCAGGACAUGGUGGGGAGAUUAUAUCUCUUGGCUAGCCUGGGAACAUGUUCGCGUUCCCUCAUACAAGCUGGAGGAGGUGGCUGGGGAGAGGGAGGUCUAGGCUUCUCUGCUUAGGCUGCUGCCCCCGUGACCCACGCCAGAUAAGCGGAAGAAAAUGGAUGGUUGGAUAUUACAGUUAUCCUUUUGGCUCACUGUUGAAUCUUAAAUAUGCACCCAAAAGCUGGACAACCAACUGGGAGACUGGUUAAAGAUAUUCAACAGGGUGCAAAUGAAUCAUUUAACAGACUUCUAAUCUAUUUAUGUCUGUGGAUGGUUGGGCUUGUUUGUCUCAGUUAUAUCACACUGUGCUAGUUACAUUAACUGCCUCAGAAAUAUACCUUCUUAAGAACCUCUUUUCUUGAGGUUUCACCUCGUAGAGAGCGAAUGAUUUAGGGUUAUAUUUGUCUUUUACUACUUUUAACUACAGUUAAAUUUUUAAAAAUGUGUCUGCUUUCAUGGUCCGAGUCUUUUUAUUUAUGAGGGAGAGACAGAUGAUUGACAGCUUAAGAAACACCAUUAUGAGCUUAAGUGUGUGAAAUAUCUGGGCAGUGAGCCCAAAAACCAUGUUAGCCAGCAGGGUGCUUUUAGAACAUAACCUUCAAACAAAUGUGCUAUCAUUUGAUUACUGUUUAAAGGCUAUACCUAAAUGGGAUGAGUUUUUGGAUACAGUCCAAACUCUUCCAUCUUUCGCAGCUCCUUCUGGGCCUACAACACACUGACUGAUAUACACGAGCAUGGGACUUUUGUUUGGUUUGUUUUUUGCUUCUCAAACUGUUUCUGAGGUCCACUUUGGGUCAAUGGCAUGCUUUGAAGGAGAUUUUUAAAAAUGUCAUAUAUUGUUUAGGUUGUUAAAUUUUUAUUUUUUUUUCUCAUAAUAAGAACUCAGUUUUAUUAAUAGUUAUUUUCUCAAGAUAAUCUAUCGAGAUAAUCGGAAAAACUAAAUUAUUUAGGAACUGCAGAUCAAACAGAUUAAUCUUUGUGUUCUCAACUUUGUGGUCUCUCACCUGCUAUAAAGUUGAGAUGAGAAAUUGACAUUGAGAAACCAAUAGUGAAAAAAUGAUGUCAUUAUGAAUCUGUACGUGAUUUUGAAUAUAACACUGCAUCAAAGUGCUAAGUAGCAUGUCAAAGCAUACUGGUGUGCAGGGAAUAAACUGUGUCAUCGUUGGAUAAAAGUCAUUAUGUUUUCUUUGUCAAAGUUUAACAGCUCUGUUACUUUAGGAAUCCUAAUAUUUGUUGUUAUUUAGCAGGAUGCAGAUGAACCAGAAUACAAUAAAAACAACCUGUUAGCUACAGCCGUGUAGCUCAAACCACUGAGCUAAUGUUAAUGUUAAUGUGCUAAUCAGUGACUGAUGUGAAACUCACCACUGUAAUAUACUGUGUCCUGCUACUGUUGUGUCAUUAAUCACCAUCAGUUGGAUAUUUUUAAUAAUAA